CAAAACUUCAUGCUGGAGAAGAAGAAGAUGCAGCGUGAUCUCACGCGCCCGUUCUAGCCCACGUCGCCUUCCAUUCGAACCAAUUUAGGGCCACAGCCGCCUACCGAGGAUCGGUGAAGAGAUGGGCAACGCGUCGCGCAAGACGGGUGAGCUGCCGGACGAGGCGUCGGGCAUGACGGAGAACCAGAAGAACCUGAUCAGGAGCACUUGGCGCACCUUCUGCAACGACAACCGCGAGUACGGCGUGCUCAUGUUCCUCUCGCUGUUCGUCAAGCACCCCGAGCUCCUGCCAAUGUUCCGCAACUUCCGUUCCAAGCACGUGGCGACGCUCAAGGACGACCCGGCGUUCAGGGCUCAUGGCUGCGCCGUCGGCUACCACUUGACCUCCAUGGUGGAGAACCUCACCGACCCGGCCACCUUCGAGGUGCUGGUGCGCCGCAACGCGACCGAACACCUGCGCCGCAAGGGAGUCACGCCGCACCACUUCGAACUGAUGGGCGAGUGCGUGGUCGGCGUCCUCCAGGCCAAGGAAGAGCGCAUUAUGACGCCCGCAGCCGUUGAGGCCUGGAAGAAGUUCUUGUCGUACAUGGUGGCCAUCAUCAAGGACGUGUUCGACAAGGCGGCUGCCGAGCGCGGCAGCAAGCAAGCGCCCUCUUCGACGGAGCGUUUCUCGGCAGACAUCAUGGAUGAGGCGGGGCUGACGGCGUCUGUGUGCGGCACCGAGACGAGCAACGUAACGGCCAGCUCUCGCGGAGGCGCCAGCAAGUCGGAGCCGAAGGCGGAGGCGCGCCAUGGCGCGGCGCCCGGCCAAGUCGCCAGUCCCCGUAGCGGGCCGGAGAAAGCGACCGCCGGCAGCCCGCCGGUCGAGUCCGAGGGCGCCAGAAAGCAGGGCGUCGGCGCCGCGGGCGCGAAGAAGGACGCGAAGUCGCGCAAGGCGUCGGCGUCUCCGCGUGAGAGGGCGACGUCGUUGCCCCAGGGGGAGAAGUCCGGGACCGCCGAGAAGGCGGCUUCGUCGCGGCGGGACAAGUCCUUGCCCGAGAAGAGCGCCAAGAAGACGGGAGCGACCGAGGAGAAAGGGGCGCCGUCGCCCAAGGGCCGGGCGUAGAGCUGACGUUCUUCGCGAACCGGAAGCCCUGGUCACCGAAAGGCCGCGGGACUUGUUUACUUAUUUUAUGUUCAUAGAUAAUUUGGUGCGGUUAUUCGCUAUUAACUAAGAACGCGCGUGCACUGUUUAAGAAUUUGUGCAUCUCUCCGCACCUAGCGGUUUCCAUUUGUAUACUUGACCUGCAGCUGCUGUUUUGCGUACUUCCUCCUAUACCGCUGAACGUAGACCAAGCGAAGGAGUCCGGGCAAGUACUUUUGCCCUGCGCGACUCAUUGUCCAACAUUUAACUUCGCUUUCGGUAGUUCUUGUACUGCCCGGUGAAUUAAGAGUCACCACACUUUCUCAGGUAGUGUAUAUGAACUCGCUAAAAGGGAGGUGAAUAUGGAAAAAAAACAGUUGCCUCUACGAAAACAGAUAGUUCUCAAUAUUGCGUUUGCUCUCAGCGUUUAUUUCGCAUGUACAAGCAUGCACGUACAUAGAUUAUUCAGCAUGAAUUGUCCGCAGUGUCUGCCUCGAAUUAAUUAUUUAACUCGUCUUGUUUGAGGGUUAUCAUUCACAAUCUUUGUAGUAAUAGGCUGCGUACGUGGGCGGGUAUUCCAGCCAGGAAACAAAGCGUGCGGCGCGCCUGCUUUUGAAUAUACAGGUUUCGUAACGAAAACUAUUUGCAAUUCUCUGCAGAUAUCGGGAAUAUUUAGCAGUGCCCCGACUAUCGUUCCGCUGUCGAAGCGGAACAACCGCACCUUGAGAAUUCGAGAUAAAAUGGACCCGUUCGCUCUUUCGGCAGGUUGUGCUGACGCGAACGUAAUCGUAGCGACAGGUUUGCCUGCUACGCUAGCGGAAGCCUGCGGCAAAACUCCUUUACAUAUGGCUACUCUCCUGAUAUGUACAAUUCCCAUUUGUUGCCCAUAUCGCAUGGAGGUUCCUCGCAAGUCUUUCUUGCAUGCACACGUUCAGUGUUUUGCUUUCCUUUA